AUGGAGCUAAGGAGGCAUAAGUCGGAAGGGACGUCUUUCCUCACAUUUUGGAUAUUUUUACUACAGAUGUUAGGGAGCGCACGCCGUGGUGCCGAGGGUCACGGCAGAUUGAUGGACCCACCAGCUCGUAACUCCAUGUGGAGGUUCGGGUUUCCCAACCCCGUCAAUUACAACGAUAAUGAACUCUUCUGUGGAGGGUAUGCAGUCCAAUGGGAGCAAAAUGAAGGAAAAUGUGGUGUUUGUGGUGAUGCGCACCACAUACCGGAGCCACGUCCCCAUGAAGCAGGUGGCAUGUACGGUAAAGGUAUCGUCACCAGACAUUACAGUGUUGGCCAGGAAAUCGAAGUAGAAGUGGAGUUAACAGCAAACCACCUUGGAACAUUCGUUAUGAAACUAUGCCCGAACAAUAACCCGAAGCAAGAAGCCUCUCAGGAAUGCUUUGACAGGUACCCGCUAUAUAUCUCCGAGACGAGAGACGACAGGUUCUUAAUCCCAUUGGACACGGCUAAGAAAGAGAUCUUCAGGUACAAGGUGCGACUACCUCCUUAUGUGACUUGCACACAGUGUGUUCUGCAAUGGACUUAUUACACAGGAAACAUGUGGGGCGUUUGCUCAAACGGCACAGAAGCCGUCGGUUGUGGUCGCUCAGAGACCUUCAGGAAUUGCGCUGACGUCAGUGUGAUAACCAGCACUGGUGGUCUUCCGCCUGCCUUUGCUGGAGACCUCAGAAGGGACUAUCCCUUCCUCCUAUACUACAGGGAUCUUAAUAUGCCCAGAAAUGUCUACCCUCUGGUCGUCAGACAGAAACUGACGGAUAUCCGAAAGGAAUCAUACGUAAUUAGCAACGAUAUUGAUACAGAUUCCGUGGAGGAAUUUGUUCCACCGAUCAUUAGGGAUCAAGUGUGUGUGCCGACUAGAUCCUUCAGUAGACUCCCUGGAAUGCUGAGUUGGUGUCAGACCAACUGCCUUCGAUACCCCCCUAAUUGUCCUGAAGAAUUGUGUACUUGCCCGCAAGUAUGCGAAGCUACUGGAGAGCUGGAAGGUCGCGAGGGAGCCGAUGUGUACUGCAUGGACCAGUGUAUCGUGUACCCGCCACGCUGCCCUGCAAACCGGUGCAGCUGUUACUAA